AAUAAAAGGGCUUCCAACUUGGGAGUUGCAGUUCGAAGCAGAGAUGGAGCGUCUCCUUGCCGGCUCUUCGUUGAAGGUUAGGGCUCCGAUCUCCGAAUCGCCCGCCGUCAAAUGCGAGCGCAAUCUCUCUGUUAGGCGCGGGUUGAUGCAGCUCGCCGUCCCGGGCCGGCGGACACCGGUUCCUCUCCGCUGCGUGAGGUGGGAUGAGGGAAAUACUGCUCAACAAGGUAUAUUAACUUAUCAGAGUGAGGAAUUUAUGAAUGCUGUUGAAGUUAGACAAUGGGAAUGUGGAAAGUCAUUAAAUUAUAUAGCUGCAAAGCAGGGAAUCACGAUUAGAAGACAUUAUCGUCUUGGACAUGGUUCUAAUGGUACAGAAACUGAGGAGGAUGCUCCUCGUAAUAUUUUACAACAUAUUAUAUGGGACAAGGAGGUCGAAGUUGCGCAGUAUAAACAAGCAAUACCUUUGGUAACAUUGAAGAAAAAUAUCAAGAAUGCUCCGCCUGCUAGAGAUUUUAUUGGAGCUUUAAGAGAAUCCUAUUUGCGGACUGGUUUUCCUGCGCUUAUAGCUGAGGUUAAAAAGGCCUCUCCAAGUAAAGGUGUCUUGCGUGAAGAUUUUGAUCCUGUUGAAAUAGCUAAGGCUUACGAGAAAAAUGGAGCAGCAUGCCUAAGCAUUUUGACAGAUAAAAAAUAUUUUCAGGGAAGUUUCGAAAAUCUUGAAGAUGUACGUAAAUCUGGAGUUCAGUGCCCUCUUCUGUGCAAAGAAUUUGUCAUUGAUUCCUGGCAAAUUUACUAUGCUCGUUCCAAAGGUGCAGAUGCGAUUCUUUUGAUUGCUGCAGUGCUACCUGAUGUUGAUAUCAUGUACAUGACGCUGGUCUGCAGGGAACUUGGUUUAACAGCAAUUGUUGAGGUGCAUAAUGAAAGGGAAAUGGAUCGUGUUUUGCAAAUAGAUGGAAUUCAGCUUAUUGGAAUCAAUAAUCGUAGCCUUGAAACAUUUGAGGUGGAUAUUUCCAACACAAAGAAACUCUUGGAGGGAGAGCGCCGUGAACUAGUUCGGAAAAAAGGCAUAAAAGUUGUUGGAGAGAGUGGGUUAUUUGUUCCUCAGGACAUUUCAUAUGUACAUGAUGCCGGGGUUAGAGCGGUGUUGGUCGGAGAAUCUCUCAUCAAGCAGGCUGAUCCUGGGAAGGCAAUAUCCGUACUCUUUGGAAAAGAUAUAUCAAAAUAAAAGCUUCACCACUACUAGAAAGACUGCGGGCUCAACUGAUGAGCACUAGGUUUAACAUGUAAUAAAAGCUCCGUUAAUCAAUGGGUUUUGGGUAUAUGUGUCGUGUACUUCUAGAUUAUUUCAGUUGGCUUCUGUUGAGACUCUCUAGUGCACAUGUGCCAUUAUUGUUAAAAAUUUAGUUUAUACUUUAUAGAUGUGUUGGGUCAUUUCAGUUUCA